AUGAACCAGAACAUAUUGGCAGAGUACAACCAGCUCAACGUCUCCCCCAUCACUGUGCUUCUCAAGGACGACCAGACCAGCGCCACCAUCUACCCUAUCGAGAGCUUUGAGGACCUUCCUCCUGGGUUGUUGGCCUUUCUCUGUGACGAGUUCAACGCUGAGAUCGAAAGAGGCGAGACCUAUCCCUUCUUCGACACCUUGGAAAUCGAGCUCUUCAAGACCUACUGGUUUGGCUCCUUUGCUGCUGUGAUGCUCUUGGGCUCCGAUCCCUAUAUCCAACAGUCGAAACAGUGGGAGAAGGAAUGCCUAGGCACCUUUUACAUCAAGCCCAACUACCCAGGACGAUGCUCCCACAUCUGCUCUGGCGGCUUUUUGGUCAACGCUGGCAUUCGAAACAGAGGAAUUGGCAAAAUCCUUACCCAGACCUACCUCAACUGGGCUCCUCACCUAGGCUACUCUUAUUCCAUCUUCAAUUUGGUAUUCGACAUCAACUACUCCGCCAAACACAUCUUUGAUUCCUUCAAUUUCAAGAAAAUCGGCAAAAUCAAGUCUGCUGGAAUCCUCAAAGGCCAUGACAACGCAAUAGAUGCUAUCAUUUACGGGAGAGAAUUGGCUCCAAUUCUAAACCACAACGAUUCCACCAUCAACAGCGGUUCCUACAGAUUCGACAAAAUAAAAUUCUACUUGGAGACUGGCAAAUAUCCUCCAAUGGCUGAUCGCCAGGAGAAAUCAAGAUUGAGAAGCAGCGCUGCUCACUACAAACUACUCAAUGGCAAACUAAUGCUAAAAAACAAAGAAGUCAUCAGUGACCCAUCAAGACAAAUAAAAAUCUGCACUGAAGUUCAUAUGAUAAACCAUGGCGGAAUCAACAAAACAACCGCUGCUAUAGCUGAAAGAUAUCACUGGACAAGAAUAAAAGACACUGUUGCUCAGGUCAUUAAAAAUUGUAGACAAUGUAGAGAU